AUGGCUGAUGUCAUUGGAAACGAGGAGUCCUCAUCAUCACAGCUACUAUUUCCAUGGAUCCCAACCAGAGUUGAACAACUCCAAAAUAACCUAGAGGAUGAUGAUCUGUCUGCUCUGCCCACCCGCUAUGUCCUCGAAGAGAAUGUGUCACUGGAGCGAUUCCUCAGCUACGAGAAGGGCAACCCCAAGGUCAAACUCCAGUACGACAAUGGAACUGUGUAUAUCACACAGCUUUAUCCAUCCGUCAUUCACGAUCGGAUCGCGCCUUGGAUAAUGGUGUACAUGAUUCAGAAUCGAAUGGAUCAUCUGAUGAGUGAACAAGGAAGGAUGAUGGAUGUUGCACCCGGAAUUAGAUACAUGGCCGACAAUUGCAUCAUUCCAACCGGUAGACCCGAUCCUGUUGCUGGAGGUCUCUUGGCAUCCAACCCAGGCAACCAUCCAUUUCCUAUUAUCAUCAUCGAAGUCGGAGUGCACUCCUCAUCUCUUGACCUGCUUCAUCAACGGGCCGUCAACUAUCUUGGUGCAACCACGGACAUUCAGUUCGUGAUAUGCAUCAAGCUCUUCUCACGAUACCCAAACCAGAAUCAUCUUGGUGGACCUGUCAAUGCAUUAGGUGUACCUCCUGCAACUACUUUCUGUGCACUGGCAUUCUUGUAUCGCAGAGCAGCUGGCUUAGCUCCAAUCAGACCAACACACGUUGUAUCCUUUGGGGCGAGACCGCUUGUCCAUGGACCAACUAUCACCUUCUUCACUGGUCUUGGAGUUCCCCAAGCUUCAAUAUUGGGAUACAAACAUCCAAUUGCCGCUAACCCCUACUUUGCACCUCCUGCUCCUGUGCUCGGUGUACUUCCUCCUGCUGUGCCUGCCCAAUAUCUGCUCCAACUUCCAAUUGCCGAGGUCUUCAAUGGCGUUCCUGGUGGUGUCCCAGUUAUUCACCCACCAGGACUACUAGGUCCUGAUGAUCCGGGUCUGCCAAAUCCAGCAACAAUCGAUGUUGACUUGUGUACUCUCAGGAAGAUGAUCGAGGCAACUCCAAACUUCCACUACUAG